ACUCCUCCUUUGUUAGUCCAUCUUUUUAGCAUUGCUGCAAGUUCCUUUUCUGGCUAAUCUCCACGCGACUAAGGUUGGAAGAUGCCGGGCGGCAUAAGCCUCGAAGAGAUAAAAAACGAGUCCGUCGAUCUGGAACGGAUUCCUAUCGAGGAAGUUUUCGAGCAACUAAAAUGUACAAGAGCAGGCUUGACUACCGACGAAGGCACCCAACGCCUUCAAGUUUUUGGACCAAACAAACUAGAAGAGAAAAAGGAGAGCAAAUUUCUCAAGUUCUUGGGUUUUAUGUGGAACCCUUUGUCCUGGGUCAUGGAAGCUGCUGCUAUAAUGGCUAUUGCCUUGGCAAAUGGUGAUGGAAGGCCUCCGGACUGGCAGGACUUUGUUGGUAUCAUUGUCUUGUUGGUGAUCAACUCCACCAUCAGUUUUAUCGAAGAAAAUAAUGCUGGCAACGCUGCAGCUGCUCUCAUGGCUAAUCUUGCUCCCAAAACUAAGGUUCUUAGAGAUGGUCGAUGGAGUGAGCAAGAAGCAGCAAUUCUGGUUCCUGGGGAUAUUAUCACUAUAAAACUUGGAGACAUAGUUCCAGCUGAUGCUCGCCUUCUCGAGGGUGAUCCUUUGAAGAUUGAUCAGUCUGCUCUCACUGGGGAGUCUCUUCCUGUCACGAAGAAUCCAUCAGAUGAAGUGUUCUCUGGAUCAACCUGUAAACAGGGUGAAAUAGAAGCAGUUGUUAUUGCAACUGGUGUUCACACCUUCUUUGGUAAAGCCGCCCACCUAGUGGACAGCACCAAUCAAGUUGGGCAUUUCCAGCAAGUGCUUACUGCCAUUGGUAAUUUUUGCAUUUGCUCCAUUGCUGUUGGAAUACUCAUUGAGAUAAUAGUCAUGUACCCAAUACAGCACCGCAAGUAUAGGGAUGGAAUUGACAAUUUACUGGUUCUCUUGAUUGGUGGAAUCCCAAUUGCUAUGCCAACUGUGUUGUCUGUCACCAUGGCUAUUGGUUCCCAUAGGCUUUCUCAGCAAGGGGCUAUUACAAAGAGAAUGACCGCCAUUGAGGAAAUGGCAGGCAUGGAUGUUCUCUGCAGUGACAAGACUGGGACUCUGACUCUAAACAAACUUACAGUUGAUAGAACCCUAAUUGAAGUGUUUACAAAGGGAGUCGAAAAAGAGCAUGUUUUACUCUAUGCAGCAAGGGCUUCAAGGACUGAAAAUCAGGAUGCUAUUGACGCCGCAAUUGUAGGAAUGCUUGCUGAUCCAAAGGAGGCACGAGCUGGUAUCCGCGAGAUCCAUUUCCUACCAUUCAACCCCGUAGACAAGAGAACCGCUCUAACGUACAUUGAUUCUGAUGGAAACUGGCAUCGUGCUAGCAAAGGUGCUCCAGAACAGAUCUUAAAUCUUUGUAAUUGCAAAGAAGAUGUCAGGAGAAAGGUUCAUUCAGUUAUCGAUAAAUUUGCUGAACGUGGGCUUCGAUCUUUAGCUGUUGCAAGACAGCAAGUACCUGAAAAAUCAAAGGACGCUCCUGGAGCACCAUGGCAGCUUGUUGGUUUGUUGCCACUUUUUGAUCCCCCGAGACAUGAUAGUGCUGAAACCAUCAGAAGAGCUCUAAACCUUGGAGUAAAUGUUAAGAUGAUUACUGGGGAUCAGCUUGCCAUUGGCAAAGAAACUGGCAGGAGGCUUGGAAUGGGAACCAACAUGUACCCUUCAUCUUCCUUGCUGGGUCAGGACAAGGAUGCUUCAGUUGCUUCUCUCCCUGUAGAUGAAUUGAUCGAGAAGGCUGAUGGAUUUGCAGGAGUAUUCCCUGAACACAAAUAUGAAAUUGUUAAAAGGCUACAGGAGAGAAAACAUAUUUGUGGCAUGACAGGCGAUGGUGUCAACGAUGCUCCUGCUUUAAAGAAGGCAGACAUUGGAAUUGCUGUUGCUGAUGCCACAGAUGCCGCUCGAAGUGCUUCAGACAUCGUGCUUACUGAACCUGGAUUAAGUGUCAUUAUCAGUGCAGUACUGACCAGCAGGGCUAUUUUCCAAAGGAUGAAGAACUACACUAUAUAUGCUGUUUCAAUUACCAUUCGUAUCGUGUUUGGCUUCAUGUUUAUAGCCUUGAUAUGGAAGUUUGACUUUGCACCCUUCAUGGUUUUAAUCAUUGCCAUACUAAAUGAUGGUACAAUCAUGACAAUUUCCAAGGACAGAGUAAAGCCAUCUCCACAGCCUGACAGCUGGAAACUCAAGGAGAUUUUCUCAACUGGCAUUGUGCUUGGAGGUUACUUAGCACUAAUGACAGUUUUAUUCUUCUGGGCAAUGAAAGACACCGAUUUCUUCUCUGACAAGUUUAAUGUUAGGCCACUGAGGGAUCGUCCUGAAGAAAUGAUGGCAGCUUUAUACCUUCAAGUUAGUAUUGUGAGUCAGGCCCUCAUUUUUGUUACACGGUCUCGCAGCUGGUCCUUUGUUGAACGUCCUGGACUUCUAUUAGUCGGUGCAUUCAUUGCUGCUCAGCUGGUGGCCACUCUGAUAGCUGUCUAUGCAAAUUGGGGCUUCGCAAAGAUAAAAGGAAUGGGUUGGGGGUGGGCUGGUGUAAUCUGGUUUUACAGUGUGGUGACUUAUAUUCCACUUGAUCUUAUAAAAUUUGCGAUCCGUUACGUUCUUAGUGGAAAGGCUUGGGACAAUCUUCUGGAGAACAAGACCGCCUUCACUACAAAGAAAGAUUACGGAAAAGAGGAAAGAGAAGCACAAUGGGCAACUGCACAGAGAACGCUGCAUGGUCUUCAACCACCUGAAACCUCGAACGUGUUCAAUGAAAGGAGCAGUUACAGGGAACUUUCAGAGAUUGCAGAGCAGGCCAAGCGUAGGGCUGAGGUUGCAAGGCUGAGGGAGCUGAAUACGCUGAAGGGGCAUGUCGAAUCAGUUGUGAAGCUGAAGGGACUUGAUAUCGAUACCAUUCAGCAGCAUUAUACAGUUUAAAGCUAAAGCCGCAAGCAGCAUACGAACGAAGGAUCAUGAUGAUCAUGUGUUCCUCUCUCCAAAAAAAAAAUUGACGACGAACAAGGCCUAUGGCCAAUUUUAUGAGAGACAAAAAUAAUGAAAAGGAAUCUGUAAUAUUGUUAGUAUUCUAAGUCAAGGUUAUGUAAGUACGUUCAACUCAUAACCUUGCUUCUACA